AUGCUUGGUGACAUUGGUCGUCAUGGCACUGGUCCUGCCUAUGAGCGCUUUAGCAAGCUGCAUCAAAAAUUCAGCCAACGCUCAAACCAGAACUUCACUCAAGACAACCGAACGCAGGGGAUAAUGGAAAAAUCUCAAUGGGACUUGAAAAAAAUCAGAUUCCACAGAAGACGGGUCACACGUACGGGGAAAAGUGAAGAAGGAUUUGAUACCAGUAAGUACAAGACGCCGUGA